AUGGCCAGUUCUGAAAGCAUUGAAGAGAUGCAAGAAAUUGACCAGAGAAAUGGAACACAAGAACAAUUGCCUACAGUGGGGAAACAAGCUGUUGGGUGUAUUGAGAUAUUCCGUUUUGCCGAUAAACUGGACAUCACACUCAUGAUCCUGGGUAUCCUGGCCUCGUUGGUAAAUGGAGCCUGCCUCCCUUUAAUGUCACUGGUUUUAGGAGAAGUGAGUGACCACCUUGUUAGUGGCUGUCUAGUCCAAACCAAUGCAACAAAUUAUCGGAACUGUACUCUAUCUCAAGAGAAGCUGAAUGAAGAUAUGAUUGUGUUGACCAUGUAUUAUGUUGGGAUAGGAGGUUCUGCUUUGAUUUUUGGCUACAUGCAAAUUUCCUUUUGGGUUAUAACUGCAGCACGACAGACCAAGCGAAUCCGCAAGCAGUUCUUCCACUCAGUCUUGGCACAAGACAUCAGCUGGUUUGAUGGCAAUGAUAUUGGCGAACUUAACACUCGCCUAACAGAAGAUAUCACCAAAAUCAGCGAUGGUAUUGGAGACAAGCUUGCUCUACUGUUUCAAAAUAUGUCUACUUUUUCCAUCGGCCUGGCGGUCGGCUUGGCGAAGGGCUGGAAACUCACGCUGGUGACUCUGUCCACAUCCCCGCUCAUCAUGGCUUCUGCAGCAGCGUGCUCCAGGAUAGUCAUCUCACUGACCAGCAAAGAAUUACGGGCCUAUUCCAAAGCCGGGGCUGUGGCAGAAGAAGUCUUGUCCUCAAUUCAAACGGUGAUAGCCUUUGGAGCACAGGAGAAAGAAAUUCAAAGGUAUACCAAGAACCUCAGAGAUGCAAAGGAUGUUGGCAUCAAAAAGGCCAUAGCUUCUAAACUGUCUCUCGGGGCAGUGUACUUCUUCAUGAACGGAACUUACGGACUCGCCUUCUGGUAUGGAACCUCCCUGAUCCUCAGCGGAGAACCGGGUUAUACCAUCGGCACCGUUCUUGCGGUUUUCUUCAGCGUCAUCCACAGCAGUUACUGCAUAGGAGCAGCCGCCCCUCACUUUGAAACCUUCACGGUAGCCCGAGGAGCAGCCUUCACCGUCUUCCAGCUGAUUGAUAAGAAACCCAGUAUAGAUAACUUCUCAACAACCGGAUAUAAACCUGACUGCAUAGAAGGCACUGUGGAAUUUAAAAACGUCUCUUUCCAUUACCCCUCAAGACCAUCUGUUAAGGUUCUGAGCGGUCUGAAUCUCAAAAUCCAACCUGGACAGGUGGUAGCCUUGGUUGGCCCCAGCGGCAGCGGCAAGAGCACAGUGGUCCAACUUCUACAGAGACUGUAUGAUCCCAGCGAUGGUUCCAUCACGGUGGAUGAUCAGGACCUGCGAGCCUUGAACGUGCGGUGCUACCGAGAACACGUCGGGGUGGUCAGCCAAGAGCCCGUCCUGUUCGCGACCAGCAUCAGCGACAACAUCAAGUACGGACGCGACGGAGUGACGGACGAGGAGGUGGAGAGGGCAGCGAAGGAGGCCAACGCUUACGAGUUCAUAAUGGCGCUUCCUAAGAAAUUUAAUACACUGGUAGGGGAAAAAGGAGCUCAAAUGAGCGGAGGGCAGAAACAGAGAAUCUCCAUUGCCCGCGCUUUAGUUCGAAACCCGAAGAUUCUGAUCCUGGAUGAAGCUACGUCUGCCCUGGAUACAGAGAGUGAAUCCGUGGUUCAAGCUGCACUGGAGAAGGCGAGCAAAGGUCGGACUACCAUCGUGGUGGCUCACCGGCUUUCCACUGUUCGAAGUGCAGAUGCGAUCGUCGCCCUAAGGGACGGGAUGGUGGUGGAGAGUGGGACGCAUGGGGACCUCAUGGCAAAAAAGGGACUCUACUACUCACUUGCAAUGUCACAGGAUAUCAGAGAAGCAGAUGACGAAAUGGAGUCAAGACCAAGUUCCACUGAAAUAAAUGCCAGCUCAGCCCCUCUGUGCCCUACGCAGAGCAUCAAGCCAGACGUCACAGGCAGGUCUGAGGAAUCCACCCAGCACAAACAGACAAGUCUUCCUGAAGUUUCUCUUUUCAAGAUUUUUAAACUAAACAAACCCGAAUGGCAUUUGGUGGUUCUGGGUACAGUGGCUUCUGUUCUCAAUGGGACUGUUCAUCCGAUAUUUUCCAUCAUUUUUGCCAAAAUUAUAACUUUGUUCGAACAUGAUGACCAAACCGCACUGAAGCAUGAUGCAGAGGUUUAUUCCCUAAUAUUUGUCGUCCUGGGUGGUGUCUGCUUUGUCAGUUACUUCAUGCAGGGAUUAUUUUACGGCAGAGCAGGAGAAAAUUUGACCCUGAGAUUACGACAUUUGGCAUUUAAAGCCAUGUUGUACCAGGACAUCGCCUGGUUCGAUGAGAAGGAAAACAACACGGGAGCCUUGACCACGACACUAGCCACAGACAUAGCGCAAAUUCAAGGAGCCAUAGGUUCAAGGAUUGGUGUGCUAACACAAAGUGCAACCAACAUGGGGCUGUCCACUCUCAUUUCCUUCCUGUACGGAUGGGAGAUGACACUGCUGAUGCUGAGUAUCGCUCCAGUACUUGCAGUGACCGGGAUGAUUGAAACUGCAGCCAUGACGGGUUUUGACAACAAGGAUAAGCAAGAGCUGAAGCAAGCCGGAAAGAUAGCAAUGGAAGCGGUGGAGAACAUACGUACCAUCAUGUCCUUGACCAGAGAGAAAGCCUUUGAACACAUGUAUGAAGAGACCCUGCACACGCAACACAGAAACGCCCUGAAGAAGGCUCAGAUCACAGGGAGCUGCUAUGCCUUCAGCCACGCCUUCGUGUACUUGGCCUACGCAGCAGGCUUUCGAUUAGGAGCCUAUUUAAUUCAAGUUGGACGAAUGACCCCCGAGGGCCUGUUCAUAGUCUUCACUGCGAUUGCCUACGGUGCUAUGGUCAUUGGAGAAACACUUGUUCUGGCACCCGAAUAUUCCAAAGCCAAAUCUGGAGCUGCGCAUCUGUUUGCCCUGCUGGAAAAGAAUCCGACCAUAAACAGUUACAGCCAAGAAGGCAAAAAACCCGACACAUGUGAGGGCAACUUGGAGUUUCGAGAUGUCUCUUUCUUCUACCCGUGUCGCCCGGACGUGUCCAUCCUCCGUGGCCUGUCUCUCCGCAUCGAGAAAGGGAAGACGGUAGCAUUUGUCGGGAGCAGUGGCUGUGGGAAAAGCACUUCAGUCCAACUUCUGCAGAGGUUUUAUGACCCCACGAAAGGGCAAGUGCUGCUGGAUGGCGUCGACGCAAAAGAACUGAACGUGCAGUGGCUCCGGGCUCAGCUAGCCAUCGUCUCCCAAGAGCCCGUGCUCUUCAAUCGCACCAUCGCCGAGAACAUCGCCUAUGGUGACAGCAGCCGCGCCGUGCCCUUGGAGGAGAUCAGGGAGGUGGCCCAGGCGGCAGACAUCCACGCUUUCAUCGACAGCCUCCCUCAGAAAUAUGACACCUGCGUUGGACUGAAAGGAAUACAGCUUUCUGGUGGCCAGAGACAAAGAAUCGCCAUUGCAAGGGCUCUUCUCCGAAAACCAAAGGUUUUGCUGUUGGAUGAGGCCACGUCGGCCCUCGAUAACGAGAGUGAAAAGGUGGUCCAGGAUGCUCUUGACAAAGCCAGAAGCGGCAGGACAUGCCUGGUGGUCGCACACAGACUCUCCACGAUACAGAACGCGGAUUCGAUCGUGGUUCUGCACGACGGGAGGAUACGGGAGCAGGGAACGCAUCGCGAGCUCCUGCGAAACCGUGACGUCUACUUUAGAUUAGUCAACGCACAGUCGGUGCAAUGA